AUUGAGAAUCUGUUAUUAGCAAUUUAUGACACCCAGGUCUCCAGCCAAGCACAUUCUGUUCUCCGGCGUCGGGGGGAGAGUCUUCAGGGCCACGGCGCGAGGCCGGACCGGAAAGAGGGGCAGGUCAACAAUUUAUGGCUGACUGUGUGGCGUCCUGGCCUGUGCUGGGGGGUGGCUUCAGCAUGGGGCCGUCUUGAGCCCAGUCCUGCGUGGGGAGAAGCCCUUCCGGACGGCAUGGCAGCCCCACGGGGCCCACAUGGCUCUUGGAAGCGGGGCGGGUGGGCUCGCCUCCUGCGCGCAUGCUCACUGGGCCUCGGGCUCCAGAUUUCUCUGGGACGCAGGGUCAGGGCUGUGAGCUGUGAUGCUCAGGACAGAGCCACAGUUGGGUUUCUCGAGAGGUGUUUGAGACGACACAGGCCCCAAAAGGAAAACAGGAGGAGAGAGGACCCCGGAAGAGGGGGAGUGGGCACGAUGACCUGUGGAAAGAGGGGGUCCCGGAAGACGAUGCGGAGGGCAGGAGCAGCACCGGCGGCGCUUUCUCCCCCAGGCUGGCCUCCACGCCCCCCUGGACUCAACACUGGUCCCCAUUCCUGGAAGCAAGUCCCCUUCCUCCCCCCAUGCACGAUGUCCAUGAGGAGCCCGGGCUCUGCCCAGCUGGCCCCGGAUGGCGUUGGCACCAUGGUGAACUGUACCGUCAAGUCGGAAGGGAAGAAGGAGCCCUGCCAUGAGGCCCUCCAGGGCUCGGCCGCCGCAGCUGAACCUCAGCCCGGAGACCCAGCCCGGGCUCCCCAGGAUGCUGUUGACUCCCAAGCUCCAGCCCAGGACUGCAGCUCCCCUGAGAGCAAUGGGUCCCCGGAACCCAAGAGACCGGGAGCUUCUGAGGCUGCCUCUGGAAGCCAGGAGAAGCUGGACUUCAACCAACAUUUAAAAGAAGUCGUGCCCGCUAUUGAGAAGCUACUGUCCAGUGACUGGAAGGAGAGGUUUCUGGGAAGGAGCUCUGUGGAAACCAAAGAUGUCAAAGGGACCCAGGAGAGCCUGGCCGAGAAGGAGCUCCAGCUCCUGGUCAUGAUCCACCAGCUGUCCACGCUGCGGGACCAGCUCCUGACGGCGCACUCCGAGCAGAAGAACAUGGCCGCCAUGCUGUUCGAGAAGCAGCAGCAGCAGAUGGAGCUGGCCCGGCAGCAGCAGGAGCAGAUCGCCAAGCAGCAGCAGCAGCUGAUUCAGCAGCAACAUAAGAUCAACCUCCUCCAGCAACAGAUCCAGCAGGUCAACAUGCCUUAUGUCAUGAUCCCGGCCUUCCCCCCGAGCCACCAGCCCCUGCCUGUCACUCCCGAGUCCCAGCUGGCCUUGCCUAUUCAGCCCAUCCCCUGCAAACCAGUGGAUUACCCCCUGCCGCUGCUGCACACGCCCCCUGCCCCCGUGGUGAAGAGGCCUGGGGCCAUGGCUGCCCACCACCCCCUGCAGGAACCCUCCCAGCCCCUGAACCUCACGGCCAAACCCAAGGCCCCUGAGCUGCCCAGUGCCUCCAGCUCCCCCAGCCUGAAGAUGAACAAUUGUGGACCCCGCCCCCCGAGCCAUGGGGCCCCCACACGGGACCUGCAGGCCAGCCCGCCCAGCCUGCCACUGGGCUUCCUCGGUGAAGGGGACGCUGUCACCAAAGCCAUUCAGGACGCUCGGCAGCUGCUGCAUGGCCACAGUGGGGCGUUAGAGAGCUCUCCCAAUGCUCCCUUCCGGAAGGACCUCAUCAGCCUGGACACGUCCCCGGCCAAGGAGCGGCUGGAGGACAGUUGCGUGCACCCCCUCGAAGAAGCCAUGUUGGGCUGCGACAUGGACGGCUCCCGCCACUUUCCCGAGUCCCGCAACAGCAGCCACAUCAAGAGGCCCAUGAACGCCUUCAUGGUGUGGGCCAAGGAUGAGCGAAGGAAGAUCCUCCAAGCCUUCCCAGACAUGCACAACUCUAGCAUCAGCAAGAUCCUUGGCUCCCGCUGGAAGUCCAUGACCAACCAGGAGAAGCAGCCGUACUACGAGGAGCAGGCAAGGCUGAGCCGCCAGCACCUGGAAAAGUACCCCGACUACAAGUACAAGCCGCGGCCCAAGCGCACGUGUAUCGUGGAGGGCAAGCGGCUCCGGGUGGGCGAGUACAAGGCCUUGAUGAGGACGCGGCGCCAGGAUGCCCGCCAGAGCUACGUGACUCCCCCCCAGGCCGGCCAGCUGCAGAUGAGCUCCCCCGACGUCCUGUACCCGCGGGUGGCAGGUGUGCCCCUGGCUCAGCCCCUGGUGGAGCACUACGUGCCCCGGAGCCUGGACCCCAACAUGCCUGUCAUCGUCAACACCUGCAGCCUCAGGGAGGAGGGUGAGGCCACGGAAGACAGGCACUCGGUGGCGGAGGGCGAGCUGUACCGGUACAGCGAGGACGAGGACUCGGAGGGCGAGGAGAAGAGCGACGGGGAGCUGGUGGUGCUCACAGACUGAUCCAGCGGGAUGGGUGGGCCGGGCCUCCUCCCCCCGGGAAGACCUGGCCCUCAGCCCAUGGGUGCAGCCAGCCGGCCUGGACUCUGUUGGUACUUGGA